AUGUCUAGCAGAUCGGCAAAAACCCGUCGACCGCAUGAUGUGCGAAAGAAAAAGGGGAAGAGGAAGGGGAAGGGAAAGGUACAUUCUGGAAACAUAUUCGAGAAAUACGAGAAUCUAACUCGGCAAGUAACAAAACUCGAAAAGCAGUUAGCUGAACUAAAUUUAGAACGAGCGCUCACUGGAGGAGCUCUGUCAUGCAACACUACAAAUAAUCAUACGCAAAUACAUGGCGUCUUCACUGGAGAAUCCAACUUGGUACCAAGAAGGAAAAAAAAACAGAAACGUAAUAACAACACUGUUCCCAUUACUCAAACCGAAUAUUAUAAGAGACAUGUUGACGAAUCAUCAAGCCUGCCGCCAGCUUUAUAUGAAAACUCUUCGUGUUCCUCUGAAGGUUAUGAAAGUGAAGUAUUGUCGCAAGCCUUUGAAUGGGUCGAUGAAGAUGCACUGCCUCCGGGUUUGAAGGUAGAGACUCCAGUAAAGCAAAAGUUAACUAAUGCAGCUCCAGGGCCUUCUCGUGACUGGGGCGGUACCCUGGCACACAAGCCUGUUAAACACGAGGAAGACGAGCUUUAUAAUGGGAGGAGUUUGUUGAACGUGUAUGAAAAUGGUGAUUCUCGGGGUCGGGGUCGUACGCAGACCAGUAUUACUCAGAACAAUUCGAACCUAUCGUUGAAUACAAAUGAUGAGGAGCAGAAAAAAAUUUCCCGGAUGACAAUGAAUAGUAGAGGUCAAGUGGGGGUGAAAGGGAAAGAAACGGAGUAUAAACGUGGUCGUAGAAUGUAUCCCGAAAUUAUCAGUGAGGACGAGCUCCAAUCAGAUGAGAUGGAAUCUUUACAAGAUUAUUUUCAGAACGUGUCGGUCAGUGAUCCGGAUUACAUUAGAUCUUUGGAAAAUAAAGAAGUUGCCGAGAAGGAUGAUUCUGAAGAUAGCAACGAUGAUGACUCGUCGAGCAUAGAUGGAAUCGAUUUCGAAGAAUUACAGGCGAUGGGUAGUGAAUCGCAUAAUCAAAUAGUUGCCGAAAAUGCCAUCGGUUUUCGGACGGUUUCAUCAACUGUCAUUGAAGACCCAGAAAACGAAUGGAACUACUAUGGUUAUAAUACGAUAGAAGAAAUUUAUGAUGACGGUAAUACGGUUUUUCAUCAAAGCUCGAUGAAAACUAAUGGAGCUCAUUCCAGUGUCAGUCCCUAUAACGAUACACUUUCUGGACGCGGAGGUUUUAAAGCACGUCUUGAAAGAGCCAACCUCAGAUCGGCUAACAUACCUGCGAUGACAAAUUACGAGAAUUACAUUGGUGCUUCCAAAGCCAAACAAAAACGUCGGGCCGAGAAGAAUGCUGCUCUGGCUGAUUCUGUGUAUCCACCGAUAAACAUUUGUACGAUUGAACGGCUGAUUCGAGAGUUUGUAAUGGAUCCCAGCAUUAAGACAUUGGUGCUUCAACAAAUGCUUAACACGCCGCGCCGCCAUGCGCAUAUAAUAGCAAGACAUUAUCGUCUCGAAACAGAUUUUAACAAUAGAGAGCAUUUUUGUUCCUUGACGAUUUAUAAGACACAGCUUACAGGAAUGCCAAGGCGUAUGGAAUCAAUACGCAAAUAUGUGGCAUUUGCAAAGAGAGAUUUGAAACGAAAUCGUCGACCAGCCAAAGUGGGAAACACUGAAUUAUUGAAUAAAGUCAAACCACCGGCCGGGAGCAUUGUUGGAGCGUUAGCACCUCCGAUAUCUGCCACGAAUAUUGGUCAUCAGAUGCUUUCUAAGUUGGGUUGGAGCGAGGGCCAGACACUUGGUCGUUCGGGAGGGAUAGCUGAACCCGUAGAGGCUAGGGUAAAAGUCGGACGAAAGGGCCUUGGUACAAACGACACGCGGAAGAUUUAG